AUGGAGCCUGUUGUUUUCAGUCAGAAUGCGCCCGCCAAACGCUGCCGUCCGGGGUUGUCCUCCUGGCUAUGCCUCUGGCUGAUGAUUCCCAUCAUCUGUUUUGGCCUGUACUUUGCGAUUGUCCAGACAUACAGCAGAUCGGAAGUUUCGUCACCGCCAAGCGCUUGGCUCCCCGAUGGUGGCGACGGCAGUGGCGCCGAGAUCACAGAGCCGCAAAGCCACGCUGAACCCGGCGACAACCUCCACGACGACGACCCAUCCAUCCUGCACCCGCAACGGCACAUAUUCCGCCAACCACGCACAAUUCACCUGAACUGGAACGUUACCAAGGGGACACGCAGGCCGGAUGGCGUGCUCAAGGACAUCUACCUCAUCAACGGCCAGUUUCCAGGUCCAACAAUAGAAGCCCGAUCGGGCGACCGAAUCGAAGUGAUAAUCACCAAUAGCAUUGCUAACGAUACCCACGAUGGCCUUGCCGUGCACUGGCACGGUAUGCUUAUGAAAGAAGCCAACGAGAUGGACGGCGUCGUUGGCGUGACGCAAUGCUCCAUACGGCCCACGGACUCGUUUACCUACAAAUUCCAGAUCCCGCAGGAGCAGCACGGCACGUUCUGGUACCACGCACAUUCGGCGGUAAAACGAGCAGACGGCUUAUACGGCGGCCUCAUCGUCCACAAGCCUGCCGAUCAGGACCAGAUAAACGGCGACCUGUCUCUCUACGAGUACGACAAGGACCGCACCACCAAAAUCACGGAUGCUACCAUCGCGAUAAUCCUGGAUCCAGAGUUGAUGCCCGUCUGGAAUCCUGCGCUCACAAGCAAGCAAUUGUUCCCGCUUAUCUGGACCGAUCCCUCCGACGCGGCGUUCCGUCGGAAACAAAAGACCGCAGUCGUUGAGAUCUACGAUCUGGAUAAUACAGAGGCACCCCGUAUUCCAGACUCGUCUAUGCUACGAACCGACCCCGUCGAGGUGGCGCUGCUAUAUACGAGCCUCGCCAUCAACUCGUUCAAAAAUGAUGAGCCAUGGGGCGAGCUCAACCAUACAUCGUGGGUGUGGAAAGACCCCACCGCCAAACCUUUACUGGCCAUGGAUAACGCAACUUGGGCAAACGGAACCGUUCAAGCGAAUCCCAUGAGAGACUUUCGUGUUCCAUGGUUCGAGACUGGUGACGAGAGAUGGUUGGAGCUGGUUGUGAAUAACGUUGACGACAAGGGCCACCCGUUUCAUCUGCACGGUUAUGAGUUCUACGUCGUCGCCUCGCGACAGCCUGCCACACGCGGUAAAACGCACAACCCCUUCGACGAUGCUCAUGAGGCAAACAAGCAACGUAACCUGGAUACGCCGCUAAAAAGAGAUACGGUGUACAUUAAACCGCAGGGACACGUCGUCCUACGCUUUCCGCUCCAUAAUCCUGGUCUGUGGCUUAUGCAUUGCCAUGUUCUCUGGCACCAGGCUGUUGGCAUGGGCAUGGUCUUGCAGGUUGGCAAUGUUACGCUUGAGACGGCCAGGAAAGCCAAGCAGUCGUGUCAGUAA